CCCAUUUUUGGCUGUCAUAUUAAUCCCCAGGUAUUUCACUUUCUUAACCACAGUCAAACCUGUCUCAUUCUGAAACCUCUCUCUUUCAAUCGGUGUUAAAUUUUUCUCUAAAACCUUAGUUUUUAACUUGUUCAGUUUAAAUCCUGCCACUUGACCAGAUUCUUGAAUUAGUUCUAAAACCCUUUUAGUACUAGAUUCUGGCUCCUGUAACGUCAAUACUAAGUCAUCUGCAAAUGCUCUCAGUUUGUACUGUUUGGCUCCGACCUGUAUGCCUUUAACCAACCGGUCCCUUCUAAUCAUAUUCAGCAGAACCUCCAGGACCGAUAUAAAAAGCAGUGGGGAGAUUGGGCACCCCUGUCGUGUCCCUUUUUCUAUCUUAAAUUCUUCCAUCACCACAUUAUUUACAAUUAAUUUAGCCUUUUGUUCAGAGUAUAUUGCACCUAUACCAUUUUCAAAACCUUGGCCUACCCCCAUCCCCUGUAGGUUCUUCUUCAUAAAACUCCAAGAGAUGUUGUCAAAGGCUUUCUCCGCGUCCAUAAAUAUCAGAACUGCUUUAGUAUUUAUAUUCACUUCUAAUUUUUCCAAAAUAUCAAUUAUAUUCCUCAAAUUAUCAGACAAGUGUCUUCCCGGGAGAAAGCCCGCUUGGUCUUUAUGAAUCUCUUCCAUCAAUACUUUUUUCAAUCUCUUGGCCAAAAUGUCUGCAAAAAUUUUGUAAUCCACAUUAAGUAACGAUAUAGGGCGGUAGUUCUUAAGCUGAGUCUUUUCAGUCUCUGUUUUCGGUAUAAGUGUAAUGUACGCCUCUUUCCACGACUCUGGUGCCCUUUUCCCUUCCAAUAUUUCAUUGCAGACUUCCUUCAGUCUACCUGAUGAACUCAGCAUGUGAAGAGGCUAAGCUGGUUGCUCCCCCUUAGCUGCAUGGCUCUCACAAGCCAUUCUUGUGUUACUAUACCAAUAAUUGAGGAACAUUUACCACUUUCUAAAACAGGUUUUGCUGCCUGUGUGUCUUUUCAAACUGCUGUGUUAGCGGCACCGAAGUUACCUCCCUGGGACUUUAAAUGCCAAUAGUAACACCCUGAAUUGGGCCCAUAAUCAAUUGAAAGCCAGUGCUGAUCUCUGAGAUUGCUAACAUGAGAAGAGGCUUUUUUUGGUGUUGGCCUCCCCAGUUGUGAAAUGGUCCCCCUCACCACCACCAAGGUAUGCCUGGCACCCUAUUUUUUGAAAGGAUUCAGGCAUUUGUAGCUUAUUUUAGCUGGGCGGGAUAGGUAAGACUCACCUUUUAUCUCUGUAUGCGGUUUGUUUUUUUGCUUCUACUGGUCAUGUUUCUUUCAAUUGGUUUUAAUGUAAGUUGCUUUGGGUCACUUGUGAGGAAAGCAAAUCAUCAUCAUCAUCAUAAUCUGGAAGUUAUGAGGUCAGAAAGGGCUACCUUAAAAGGUCUGCCAGGGUUCUCCUUCCCUGAGAUGGGGAUUAUGGUCUGGUAGCUCAGUUUAAAAUGCCUACAACUUUGCUAACCUAUUUAUAGGAGUCCCAUCAAAAUAUAGUGGUACCUUGGGUUACAUAUGCUUCAGGUUAUAUACGCUUCAGGUUACAGACUCCGCUAACCGAGAAAUAGUACCUUGGGUUAAGAACUUUGCUUCAGGAUAAGAACAGAAAUCGUGCUUCGGCGGCGCAGCGGCAGCAGGAGGCCCCAUUAGCUAAAGUGGUGCUUCAGGUUAAGAACAGUUUCAGGUUAAGAACGGACCUCCGGAACGAAUUAAGUACUUAACCUGAGGUACCACUGUAAGUCUAAGUCAUUGGUAUUUAAAAGGAAAAAAAACUUUUAAUGGCGUUUAUAUUUCCUUGGAUACAUAUUUUAAAUCUAUUUAAUCAGUAUGCUAAUUGUUAAAUUCCACUUUGACCAUUUUAAUAUUUAUGUAAAAAUUAUGCUUAAAUUCUGGUUUUACUAUGCUGGCUGUUUAGCCGCAAUAAGAAACAUCCAUUCGUAAGUGAACGCUUGAGAGCUGGGAAUUCCUGUCCACAUACCGAUUCUCCCAUGUCCCCUGUCAAAGAAGGACCAAUGACUGAAGUUUGGCACCCAGGUACCUGAAUGAAAGGAAACGGCGCUUCUCCCUCUUAAGGCUGAGAUGAUGGAGAGACGCUCUUAACGGGGGAAGGAAUGGAACCUCGAGGGGCUCGUUAACCGCUUUCCCCUCUCGGUGCUCCAAGGGUUAAAGGCAAUGACGUCAUUCCUCGCCUCCCUCCUCCGCCCAGGAAUUCCGAAGUGGGAGGAGGCUUCCUUAUCUCUUCCCAGGAAAUCGGCCACGUGGGGUUCUUUGGCCAAGAGGAAUAAUAAUAAUAAUAAUAAUAAUUUAUUAUUUAUACCCCGCCCAUCUGGCUGGGUUUCCCCAGCCACUCUGGGCGGCUUCCAAAAGAAUAUUAAAAUACUAUGAUACAUCAAACAUUAAAAGCUUCCCUAAACAGGGCUGCCUUCAAGAAGAGUCAAGGGGCAGCAUUGGAGGUGACAGGACGUGGGGGCAUUUGGGUGAGGAGGAAGAGAGGAAGGAAAGGGCAAUGCGUUUGCUUUUUUUGGUGUGUGGGGGGGGGGAGAACAGGGCGCCCACCCAGCUGCUUUCCCUUUUUUUUAAACAUAUUUAUUUGGGUUUUUCAAAUUAAAAAUUUACAGUAACAUAUCAGCAUGUUGUUGUUGUUUAGUCGUGUCCGACUCUUCGUGACCCCCUGGACCAGAGCACGCCAGGCCCUCCUGUCUUCCACCAGCUCCUGCAGUUUGGUCAAACUCAUACUGGUAGCUUCGAGAACACUGUCCAACCAUCUCGUCUUCUGUCCUCCCCUUCUCCUUGUGCCCUCCAUCUUUCCCAACAUCAGGGUCUUUUCCAGGGAGUCUUCUCUUCUCAUGAGGUGGCCAAAGUAUUAGAGCCUCAGCUUCACGAUCUGUCCUUCCAGUGAGCACUCAGGGCUGAUUUCCUUAAGAAUGGAUACGUUUGAUCUUCUUGCAGUCCAUGGGACUCUCAAGAGUCUCCUCCAGCACCAUAAUUCAAAAGCAUCCAUUCUUCGGCGAUCAGCCUUCUUUAAGGUCCAGCUCUCACUUCCAUACAUCACUACAGUGGUACCUCAGGUUAAGUACUUAAUUCGUUCUGGAGGUCUGUUCUUAACCUGAAACUGUUCUUAACCUGAAGCACCACUUUAGUUAAUGGGGCCUACCGCUGCUGCCGCACUGCCGGAGCCCGAUUUCUGUUCCUAUCCUGAAGCAAAGUUCUUAACCUGAAGCACUAUUUCUGGGUUAGCGGAGUCUGUAACCUGAAGCGUAUGUAACCUGAAGUGUAUGUAAGCCGAGGUACCACUGUACUGGGAAAACCAUAGCUUUAACUAUACGGACCUUUGUUGGCAAGGUGAUGUCUCUGCUUUUUAAGAUGCUGUCUAGGUUUGUCAUUGCUUUUCUCCCAAGAAACAUAUCAGCAUACAAUAUAGAAACAAGAUUCCACAGAAUCUCCUGGACUUUCCUCCUCCCCUUUGUGGGUCCUAUUGUUAGCCUUUUCUUCCUGCAUCUUUUGUAAUAAUCCAAAUCUUUUGCAUCUCCGUUAUGUCCAAAAUUCACCAUUAAACUACGUGUUAUUCCAAUCCCACCACCCAGCUGCUUUCUCAGUGCAAGACAAGGGCUGCUUUCCUUAAUCCAGUUGCCUAGCUUCGCCUGCAGGAUCCUAUUUGGCGCACCCCUUGGGCUCCAAUUCAGUCGCUGUGAGAUUUUUGGGGAGGCGAGGGCGAAGCUUUGCUUCUUAGAGGAGGGGGGAGAACUUCUAUGUCAGGGAUAAAAAGAGGCUCUUUCCUCCUCCUCCAAGCAAGGAAGGCUCCGCUCUCUGCAGUGCUGUACCUUUUUUUUCCCCUUUCCAAAGCCGGAGGAGAGCAGGUUGAUCUACCAGGAGGUAAAGUAAUCCAAUCGUAUCUAGAUGCAAAAUAGAAAACAAGUUUACAUCGUGCCCAGUAGUGUGGUGGUAACUUAGAAGGAGUUAUUUCAUGAUUGUCACAGACAAACACAAACAAACACACACCCUCCCCAGCCACACAUCCCUGACCAUAGCUGUCAACUUUUCCCUUUUCUUGUGAGGAAUCCUAUUUGGAAUAAGGGAAUUUCCCUUAAAAAACGGGAAACGUUGACAGCUAUGUCCCUGACCCAACCACAAAACUGGGCCUGUGGUUUUGUGAUUGAGUCCGUUGACAGGUCUCUCCCUCUCUUCCCCCUCCCUCUGUUCGUUCACAGGGCUUACAAGCUGUUGACAGUGGAACAGAGACUCCCUCAUUUAAGGCUUUAUGGCCAUCUGUCAUGGAUGCUUCAGCUGAGAUUUCUGCAUUGCAGGGGGUUGGACUAGAUGACCCCCGAGGUCCCUUUCCAACUCUACAAUUCUAUGAUUCUGUGGAUGCUGCUUUUCAAAAGUUCGAAGACAAGGAUAAGAGCGCCUUUUUUCUUUUUGACCACUCACUCAGCUCUCUAAGGGUUAAAUGAGCUGAGCUCUGUUUCAUAGAGUGGCAGGAAAUGGUCUAAUGGGGGGAGGAAUAGAGGGGGGCGCUUCCUUUUUGUCUUCCAACAAGAGAGAGGCUGCCAGACGGACUGAGCGGUUGCUCUGCGAGGUGGGUGCGCGUACAGGGCGGGGAAACGCCGUUAUUAUUAUUAUUAUUAUUAAUUAGACAACAUAUUAUAAUUGUUGUUAUUUAUUAAUACCCCGCCUUUUUCCCGGACAGGUACUCAGCUGCAACACUGGAAGAGGGGUAGGAACUAAGAAUUGGGGGGGGGGGGGGAGGCAGAAGAGAGAGAGAAAUACCCUCACACCAAUUUCCCCUGGGAAUUGCAUGUAGGGCAGGCAUCCCCAAACUCUUCCCGCCAGCUGUUUUGGGACUACAACUCCCAUCACCCCUAGCUAACAGGACCAGUGGUCAGGGAUGCAUAGCUGUCAACUUUCAGAUUUGAAAAUAAGGGAUCAGCAGCCUCACCUGUCCCGGGGACAGUCUACGGGAUAUCUAACAAUCCGGGAUAGCAGUGGGAAGCAGCAGGAAACGGCACUGGAAUUAGGGAAUUUCCCGCAAAAAAAGGGAAGGUUACAACAACAAAAACGGUUGAAAACAAAACCCUAUAAAUAACCUGGGUCCUGAAAAUAUACGGAGAGAAGAUAAUGUCCCAACCAGAGAAGAAUGGCGAAUUUAAGUUGAUGUGACCGGAAAAAUCAGAAAGACCAAAAUUCUAUUAAAGAAUGGGGAAAAUUUAUAAUUUAUCUUAAAAACCAUUGCAAACUGUUAAAAUUGUUAGUAGAAUUGGAAUAACACUUGUAGUUUAAUGGUGAAUUUUGGAUUUAAUGGAGAUGUAAAAGAUUGGGAUUGUUAUAAAAGAUGCAAGAGGAAAUGGCUAACAAUAGGACCCACAAAGGGAAGGAGGGAAAUCCAGGAGGUUCUUUGGAAUCUUGUUUUUAUGUUAUAUAUUGGAUAAAAAGGUAAAGGUAAAGGGACCCCUAACCAUUAGGUCUAGUCGCGGACAACUCUGGGGUUGCUUGCGGCGCUCGUCUCGCUUUAUUGGCUGAGGGAGCCGGCAUACAGCUUCCGGGUCAUGUGGCCAGCAUGACUAAGCCGCUUCUGGUGAACCAGAGCAGCGCACGGAAACGCCGUUUACCUUCCUGCCGGAGUGGUACCUAUUUAUCUACUUGCACUUUGAUGUGCUUUUGAACUGCUAGGUUGGCAGGAGCAGGGACCGAGCAACAGCAGCUCACCUCGUCGCAAGGAUUCAAACCGCCAACCUUCUGAUCAGCAAGCCCUAGGCUCUGUGGUUUAACCCACAGUGCCACCCACGUCCCCUAUAUAUUGGAUAUGUGAUUGUAAGACUGUAAUUUGAAAAACCAAAGAAAUAACAUUUUUUUUAAAAAGAAAAUAUAUGCCAGGAUGAAGAGGCAUGUCGUCAGCAUUCCCUGAAAGCUGCAUAAUGAAGGUGCCAGACGCACCUCUGGGGGGGGGGGGUUUCCACAGUUUAGGGGCUGCCACAGAGAAGGCCCUCUCUGGGGCCAACACCACUUCCACCCCCCCUUGAGCGUCUGAUGGUGUUGGCUCCCAAGCUGGUGCUGCCCAGCUUAGAGUGUGCUAUGUAGCCUCGCUGGGUAUGAGCGUGCCCUGAGAAAGAAGUAGCGUGGAGAAUAGAUUACCUACCCUCUUUUUAGGCCAGAUAAUAGUUACUUAGAGAGAGUUAUAAAGGGCUCAGUCAAAGAAUCGGUGGUAUACAUAGAACAGCAUAAAAGUUAACAUCCUUCCACAAUGGUUAAUUGCUGUCUGUUUAUAACUUUUUAUGGUUUUUAUUGAAGUUUUAUGUUUUACUGAUGUAAACCACUUUGCUAUAUUGUUGGUUAUAUAAUGGUAUAUAAAUAUGUUUUAUAAAUAACCAAACAAUACAUAAUUGUUAAUAAUUAUGAGGCUGCAUUUUAAAUUGCAUUUUAACCUGUAUUUUAAGUUGGUGUUUUGUUUUUUCUUAUUAUGUUUUUACUGAAAUUUUAUUGAAGUUAGCCGCCCUGAGCCUGGCUCUGGCCAGGGAGGGCGGGGUAUAAAUAAAAUUAUUAUUAUUAUUAUUAUUAUUAUUAUUAUUAUUAUUAUUUCAUUGACUAAAAUUAGCAAAAAUUGAAAGCAAGUAUGUGUAACUAAAUUAUAUAGUAAGGAUACCUGCCUAAUUUCCCAAAGCACAGCUGCUGCCUCACCAAAAGAGUGACUUGUAAAAGUGCAAUUUCUGGACAUUGAUGCUGUCAAGCAGGCGUGAAGGGGCAGGGCGAUUCUGGGUCACAGGAUACUGAAACUCUGUUACCUGGUUUUAUCUCCUUUUUAAGGACACCCAAGCUCGUGCCAGCUCGUACAAGUUAAGACAGCAAAUUCCAUAAGUUAAUUAUGUAUAGUACUGUAUAUGACAAAAACCCCUUUAAAGCAUGGGGUGUGUAAACAGCUCAAAAACAAAGUCCAGAGAAUCUGUGCAUCUAUCAUAUAAUGAGGGUUACUGGAUCCCGGCUGAAAUGGACAGCUAAAACAUUUCUGAAUAAGCAGGUAUAAGAAAUGGUAUUUAGUGGUGAAUAUUGAAAUGCAAGAACUCAAUGGAAAUAUAGAGUUCAGGAAUAUAUUAUUUCUGAUUAGAGAAUCUUUCCUUCUUUCUUUCAGUGGGUGGUGUACUUUGAGCCAGUGGCUGUGUAUUUCACCAAGGUGGGUGAGAUCUCCAAAAUUCAGAGCAUAGAUCUCUUCACAAGGAAGUCAUGCCAGAAGACAAUGAGAACAUGGCAUCUGUAGGUAAGAAUGUCUUUUCCCCCUUGGAUGGUAUUGAAAAUGAAGUUCUUAAAUCACACCAGUGGGCAAGCGAGUGGUGACCAAACAUGGCCCACAGAAGGCAGUGAUUGCCACCAACUUAGAUGGCUUUAAAAGAAGAUUGAGCAAAUUCAUGGAGGAGAAGACUAUCAAUGGCCAGUAGCCAUGAUGGCUAUGCUCUGCCUCCAAAUUUGGAGGCAGCGGGUGGCGCUGUGGUCUAAACCACAGAGCCUAGGGCUUGCCGAUCAGAAGGUUGGCGGUUCAAAUCCCCACAACGGGGUGAGCUCCCGUUGCUCGGUCCCUGCUCCUGCCACCUAGCAGUUCGAAAGCAAGACAAAGUGCAAGUAGAUCAGUAGGUACUGCUCUGGCGGGAAGGUAAACGGUGUUUCCGUGCGCUGCUCUGGUUCGCCAGAAGCGGCUUAGUCAUGCUGGCCACAUGACCCGGAAGCUGUACGCCGGCUCCCUCGGCCAAUAAAGCGAGAUGAGCGCCGCAACCCCAGAAUCAGUCACGACUGGACCUAAUGGUCAGGGAUCCCUUUACCUUUACCUUUAGUGCUUCUGAAAACCACUUCUGGAAACUGCAGGAGGAGAGGGUUCUCAUUAGCUUGCAGGUUCCCAACAGGUAUCUGGCUGGCCACUGUGAGAACAGGGUGCUGGACUAGAUGGGCCACUGGCCUCAUCCAGCAGAGCUCUUUCUAUAUCCUUGUGGCCCAGAGGCUAAAACCCUUUAAUAAAGUUUUAUUUUAAAUGUAUCAGCAGUGGACCAGUGAAUGCAGCUCAUGUUAUGAAAAGACAAUAUUAUGACAAAUAUUAUGAGAAAUCUGAAGAAUCAUGAAUUGUGCAGGCUGUUUAUGUUAGCCUGUUGCAAGGAUUUUAAAAGGUACCAGUGACCAACUCAAAUAGAGUCCAAGAAUUGACAGAUGCAUCAAUUGGAGAAAAAGAAAGUGAGCAAUAAUUGACCCAGUGGAAUCCUUUCCAAAAGACUGGGCCUCGAGACCUAUUGCCCUGGGGCUUUAUACCUGAGUACAUACAUCACAGAUCAUGACAUAAUGGGAUACAAUUGCGAACGGCAGCAAAAUAAGCUAAUGAGCGCAUACAAGCCUUGCUCCUGACCGUACAAAGAGUUCUCUCCCAACUUCUGCUUUUUAGUUUGAACACCAGUCCGACCUUUCCCCUAGAUUUAUUGCAAGAAAUAGAAACUUAGGGCAAAGAGGAACUUCGGCUGUUGAGCUCCUACAGACCAUCUGCUAUAAGGGACAUUCUGCGGUUUCCUGUUUCACUGUACAGACUUUGUCUGGACAAGGGGGGGAAAUGUGCCAGCACAUCAGAUUUAUCGCUUCCCUUCUUGUUCGGUGAGAUAGAGAGAGAACAAGGAGGUACUGGGACAAAGUUCAUCUAAGACUUUGCAGAUUUAAGCAAUUUGCUAAGCUAAGCAGAAGCUUUCACGGUUCAAACAUGGAUUAUAAAAUCAUUAUAAAAAUAUCUGGUUAUAAAUGAAUAUAUUGAAAACUGAUAACUGAUUAUAUGAAUAACUGAUUAUAUGAAAAGCAUAAGGGUAAAAUUCCUCCAGUUCCUUCUUCAAGCCAGAUUUAAUAUGUUUCCCUCGAUGAUAGUGAGAGGAAGAUAUUUAGCUCUCCCAGAAUCAGAGUGUCUCUGCAAAUGUAGUAAACAGGAACCUGAUACUUUGGAGCAUAUUUUCUUUUCUUGUGAUUUUGGCAUUUAUGCCAGAAGACAAGUAUUAGAGGCCUUACAACUCAAUAGGCUGAUAUUACUUUAGUAGUGGCUGAAUUUUUGAGUGCUGUCCAUGUAGAAAGACUGGGUCAUUAUAAAGAGAAUUAGUGGUUCUUAAUUGAUCAGGGAUUCAGUAGUGCAGUAGUGCUGUACUGUAUUGUUUAUGCAAAUUGAUUUUCUCUGGAGUUAAAGAUCUGACCGGGACAAACCUUGUUAUGCUGAGCUUGUAUUUUGCAUAAUUUGUAUACGGUGUCUGUUUGAUAAUGUGUGGUUUGUUAUGCCUAAUAGAGGAUAACUAUUUGAUAGAGAAAUCAAAAGUACAUUAUAUGUAAAUAAAACUUGGAGAGUGUAAAAUCUAAACAAUUUUUAAAUAAGUAACCCUACAAUGGUGAUUGCAUGACAGGAUUCAAAUAAGCAAGAUUACACUUAAGUGACUCUAUGAGUGUGUGUUUUGUUCCAACAGGAGAACCAAUCAAAAUUAAUUCCAGUUCCAAUCAGUGAGAGACUGACUAUCCACCUGGUCUCUCUCUCUUUCUUUCUCUUUCUCUUUCUCUUUCUCUUUCUCUCUCUCUCUCUCUCUCUCUCUGGGAAACAAAGGCAGAACUACACUGCUCAGGUUCCCUUCAGUGUGCUGCAGGCAGAAAAAAAUGCAGUGCUGGCACUUUUUUCUGGGAGCAAAUGGCAGAAAAGAACUGUUGACAUGUGAGGGGAGUGUUGUGACGUGGGGUUUGUGAUUUCAGCUCUCUUGAUAUAACAUGCUGGAGACAGUUCUCUAGUAACACUUCUUUAUUUAAGCAACAAGACUAAAGACUGGGGAGAGGAAGGCUACAUUUAUAGGGACAGGGAACUAGCAAGAAAGGAUACAUUUUGGAGGGAACAAUAUCAGGCAAUCACAGUCCUGCCUUUUGGAGGGAACCAAUAAGACAGAGGAUCCAAAUACAGCAGCUUAAAUGAACCAAUAGUAGCUGUACCCUCUGGAACCAAAAGGCAGUUACUUUACCCUAAUGCAAAUACAGACAAUAAUAAUACAGAUAUAAAAUCCUUUGACUCAAUACACAACACCCCAACCCCCCCCCAGUGAGCACAGCAGACGUAAUCUCUCAGGUACUGUGGGGGCCUACAACUUCUACUUGAUCUCCUGACAACAGGUGUUGCAGGUUCCGGAUUGGGUGUUACCUGUGGUAGAGGGGCUGCUCUAGGGGUUUCGUCAGGAACAGAUGGAGUCCCAGACAUCUCAGGGUCCCCUAUCUGUACCUCGUCAUCGUGAGGACUAGCAGACCCUGGUUCAUUUGUUAAAGCCCCUGGUGACUGCACCUCUGGGCCAUUUUCACUCUGGUCUUGCAGCUCUGCGUCGUUAGCCAGGGAUGAAUUAUCUGGCUCCUCCCUGCUGAGCGCCCGGCGCCUCAGCUGAUCUAUAUGUCUCUUCCACACUUGCCCAUUUUCCAAGGUCACAUAAUAGGACACAGGUCCACUAGCCCGGGUGACCACACCAGCCACCCACCACGAACCUCGUGAAUAGUUCCUCACCCAGACCAGAUCUUCAGGGGCGAGAUACCUUGUUGUGUCAGUCUCAGCUUGGGGGGUUGCUCUUGAAUUACGGUUUGGCAUUUUAUCCGGGUGGACAUAAUCCAGCACCGUUACCAGUCUCCUACCCAAGAGCAGCUCAGCUGGCGACUUGCCCGUCGCGGUACACGGCGUCGCAUGCUGCAAAAAUAACAUUCGCGCGAUGCGAGCUGACCAGUUACCCUCCAUUAAGCGCGCAAUGGAUUCUUUGGCUGUUCUUACCAUGCGCUCAGCCUGCCCAUUGGAGGAUGGGUGAAAGGGCGCGGAUGUGACCCCUCUUAUGAAGUUAUCAGCCAAGAAUGCCCUGAAUUCUUGGGAUACAAAAGCUGCCCCAUUAUCUGAUACAAUGGUCUCAGGUAACCCGUGGGUUGCAAACAGCUGCCUCAACACCUUGAUUACGGCAGCUGAUGCCAUGCUAGGAACCAUCGCCACUUCUAACCAUUUGGAAUAUGCAUCGACGAUAACCAAAAAGACCUUCCCCUGGAAUGGCCCAGCAAAAUCUAAGUGCAGCCGGCUCCAGGGAGAUCUGGACUGCUCCCACCAGUGGACUGGUGCUCUGGCCACUUCUGGCCGUACCUCUUGGCAUGCCUUGCAUGUUCGUACCCAUUGUUCUAUGUUCUGGUCCAUUCCAGGCCACCACACAUAACAUCGGGCUAGCGACUUCAUCCUGACCAUUCCCGGGUGUCCCAUGUAAAGCGUCUCAAGAACCCUGUUUCUCAGUGGUGCUGGGAUGAUCACCCUAUCUCCCCACAGGAGACAACCCUUAUGCAUGGACAACUCGUGCUGCCUAGUCGCAUAAGGCCUGAAUUUGUCUUCAUGCGGACCACCUGGCCACCCCUCCCCACCCAAGUGAGCACACGGGAGAGAACAGCAUCUUUCCUCGUUUUCUCAGCUAUAUCAGUAGCCGUUACAGGAGCCCCGGAAGUGUUUCCAGCAUCAUUAUGUGCUCCGCUGGAGCAGGAUCCUCAGUGCUCCCGCCAGGAAGGGGCAAUCGACUCAGCGCAUCCGCGUGGCACAACCGUUUCCCGGCACAUGGGUCAAGGUGUACUGGAACCCGUUCAGGAAUAUAGACCAACGUAACAUUCUGGGGGAGAGAAUUUGUGGCGUUUGUUUGUUCGGGUUGAACAACCCUAACAGUGGCUUGUGGUCCGUUUCAAUGUAGAAAUGGCGACCGUACACAUAAUCAUGGAACUUUUGAUUCCUGCCACAAUUGCAAGCGCCUCUUUGUCAAUUUGAGCAUAGUUGCGCUCCGUGGGCGACAACGUACGGGAAUAGAAAGAGAUGGGCUUUUCCGACCCAUCCGGUUCCCUAUGACUUAGCACCGCCCCCAGGCCGUAUUGAGAGGCAUCACAUGCCAGGACCAGAGGCUUUGACUCGUCAUAAUGAGCAAGGACGCUCCUGCUACUCAGCAUUCCUCGCAAGGAGUCAAAAGCCUUCUGCUGCCCCUGCCCCCAUCGCCACACAUUCUUUUUCUGCAACAGUCUAUGUAAUGGUUCAGCUACCGAAGCUUUCUGGGGUAAGAAUGAAUGAUAAAAGUUAAUAAGUCCCAGGAAUGACUGCAACUCCGUCUUGUUCUGUGGUCGUGGCGCCUCGAUGAUGGCCUUAAUCUUCGCAUCUGUGGGGUGGAUGCCUGAUGCAUCAAUUUUAAACCCCAAGAAAUCCACAGUUGGCACCCCAAAACUGCAUUUUUCCUUUUUCAGUUGCAACCCCACCUCCUUGAACUUGAGCAACACUGCACGAACACGCGCAACCAGUUCCUGUGGGUCUUUUCCAGCAAUCAAAACAUCAUCAAAAAAUGGCAAGACCCCCGGCAGACCUCUUAACAGGCGUUCCAUGAGCCCUUGAAAAAUCCCUGGGGCCACACAAACUCCAAAUUGUAAUCUGUUAACUCUGAACGCCCCUUUAUGUGUGACAAUAGUCUGUGCUUCCGCUGAUUGUGGGGUUACUGGCAGCUGUUGGUAAGCUUGUGCCAGGUCAAUUUUGGCGAACACCUUGCCCCCAGCCAGUUUAGCCAACAGAUGUGAUACGACUGGAAUGGGGUAUGAGUUUCCCCUGAGUGCCUUAUUGAUAGUGCAUUUGUAAUCUGCACAGAUCCUGACUUCCCCAUUUGCUUUAAGGGGCGUGACGAUUGGAGUCUCCCACUUAGCAGAGUCCACGGGUGAGAGAACUCCCUGCUUGACCAAUUUCUCCAGCUCUGCUUCGAUCUUGGGUUGCAGUGCAAAUGGCACUCGCCUUGGUUUGAGUCGGAUUGGGGCCACCCCAGGGUCCAACUCGAAGUCAACUGGGGGCCCUUUAUAACAACCCAGUUUUCCAUUAAAGAGACCAGCAAAUUCUUUGCAUAAUGCCUCGCUCAUCUCAGGGCAGGUUUGGAUUGAAUUAAGCCCUGAUAUACUCAGUCCCAGGGCGGGGAACCAGUCAGUGCCCAGGAGACUGGGGCGACUGCCCUUCGCAAUCACCAGUUUGAGUACAGCCUGUUUGUCCCGGAACUGUACUCUCACGGCACACAUUCCCAUAACAUGGAUGCGGCCCGCUGAGUAUGACUGCAAGGUUGCUGGGAAGGGCUCCAGAGGGGGCAACUUACCCCUGGGGAAGAAUGUCCUCGCGGUCUGGUCCGACACGAUAGUGAAUCCAGAUCCGGAGUCCACCUCCAUGUCGCACUGCUGACCCUCAAUCUUCACCUUGAUGUGUGCCUUGCCUUGCGCUGGGAACUGCACGACCCUCCCGUUGAUCUCAGUUACGUAGUGGCAGUCCUUUAGAAAAUGGGUUGCUGUGGGCGGUCUACGAUGCUCCGGUCUAGGUGCUCCUGUCGCUCCCAACGCCGCCGAUCUACACACCCUGGCGAUGUGACCUGUCUUCCCGCACGUCCGGCACAUAGCAUCCCGGAAACGACAACUCUUCCGCUCAUGGUUUCCGCCACAACCUGGGCACCUGCCUCGGUGAUCUUUGUGCACUGUGCAGGCCUGACGCACUGACUCGACCCCACGGACUGGGCUCUGGCUCGGAGUAGCCUCUAGCUCGUCCAUGGCAUGCGCAACUUCUAUCUGUGGCUUAGGGGCCUUGCGACUGGCAUCAAGCUCCUCUCUUUCAUAAUUCUCCGUGGCGGUGGCCUCCUUCAAGGCUGAAGCAAGGGUAACCUCUUCUUUAGCCACGAUGCGUCUUCUGGCUUUCUUGCUGCUCAGACCACCGACAAACCGAUCCAGGAGAGUCUCUUCCAGAUUUUGGAAGUCGCAGUGCUGAGCGAGCUUCCGCAGUUCAGCCAGAAAUGCAGAUACAGACUCCCCAGCAUGCUGCUGCCUCUUAUGAAACUCCAUCCUCCGAGCCAUCUUGGUCUCAGUAGGCGCCAAGUGGCUUGUUAGGCAGGCAAGAAUAUCUUUGAGAGAUGUCUCACUUAGCUUCGCUGGAGCAAGCAAUGCCUUGGCCAGCUUGAAGGUCUCAGGCCCACAGUAGCUCAGGAAUGUGGCCCUUCUUUUGCUGGCAUCGGUGAUCCCUUGAGCCUCUGCGAAGAACUCGAAGCGUUCGACGUAGUCUUCCCACGUGUGGGGCUCUGAUGGCUGGAAGGGCUCCAAUACCCUUGGACUCUCCAUUGUCCUGUGGGCAGGGUCGUCUUCUCAGCUGGCCAGUGAGUCUUGUUCUUAGCUGCAAUCCGGACUCUGAGGCAGGGCUGCGUUUAACCGCUCCUCAGCAUUCCGGAUCCCACCUUCGUCGCCAGUUGUUGUGACGUGGGGUUUGUGAUUUCAGCUCUCUUGAUAUAACAUGCUGGAGACAGUUCUCUAGUAACACUUCUUUAUUUAAGCAACAAGACUAAAGACUGGGGAGAGGAAGGCUACAUUUAUAGGGACAGGGAACUAGCAAGAAAGGAUACAUUUUGGAGGGAACAAUAUCAGGCAAUCACAGUCCUGCCUUUUGGAGGGAACCAAUAAGACAGAGGAUCCAAAUACAGCAGCUUAAAUGAACCAAUAGUAGCUGUACCCUCUGGAACCAAAAGGCAGUUACUUUACCCUAAUGCAAAUACAGACAAUAAUAAUACAGAUAUAAAAUCCUUUGACUCAAUACACAACAGGGAGGCAGCUGUCUCUUUGGAAAGGGAGAGAAGUAGCUCCCACAUACAUUGAGUAAUGUAAUGCCUUGAUCAUGCAGGCUUAGUGCAGUGUGGUGUUUCUGUUACAGAAUAUAGUAUUUUUGACCUUUAAUAGCCGCUUUGACAUUUCCAUCCUUAUCCUCAUUAGUUACUUUAGACAUUCCUCACCUAAUUUGCUAGUCAUUCAGGCAUUUCCCCUGCGGCUCUUUCCACUCAAAGGCCCUUUCAGACUUAUAAAUAUGGGGCUUCCCAACUUGCUACUUGAGCCCUCUUCUCUGUGAUUCUUCACUGGUGCAAGCUACAUUUGGCAAACUGGGCGGUUCUGGGAGGAGUCACCAGCCCAGGCAUCAGCAUAACAUUCAGGGACUCUUGAGGUCAGUGGUGGCAUUUGGUUGGGGCCCUGGACACAUUCAGAAUUAUGAGAAUGUGUUGUGAGCUCUAGUCACAAAAAUGUCCCUGUGGGGCAUAGCGUAAAAUUGCUCUUUUGGCAUGGCAUAACACAAAAUGUCUGCUGCAUCUAAUAGAGCAGAAUAAGAGGUAGGAUCAUAGAACUGUGCUAAUAUGGAAAACUUUAUUUAUUUUUUAAAGGUUUGAACCUGAUAAACAGAGCAGCAGGUUCCAGCAAUCUCCUUUCCCAAACAUUGCUAAGUCUCAUCUGCUGUGUUGCCUGUUGGUGGUGAGGUGUUGUAGAUUACAGCUAGAAAAUAAAUAAAACAGAAUUCAGAAUUAUUCCUGAAGUCAAGUAUUCCAUGAAUAUACAGUCACACUCGCAUAUAAACAGAUGUCUUUAUUGCUGACUGGUAAUCAUACUCCUUCAUUAGUUAGUUUGUUUAUCCUAUUCUUCAGCCAAAAGAAAGCCUCUCAGAGUGGCCAUACAGAUGGCUAAAAGAAGUGAGUCAGUCCCUGCCUCAGAUUUGCAGUUUGAAAAGGCAAAAGGGAAAUGGAUUAGGAGGGAGGAAAAAAUACGCAAAUGAAUGUCUAAGUUCUUUUUUUUAAAAAAUGGAACACAGAACAGAACAGCUCUGCAGGGAAAAAACAGAGUAAUUAUUAGGAAACACUGUUAUAGACAAGUGAUUUUCUGGACCAAAAUUCUUCCAUUCUGUUCUGUAACAUCUCGUAGGUCAUUGCCUCAGAACCUCAGUGUCUGAGAAAUUCAGCUGAAUGACUGAAUAACAUUCCCCCCCCCCUUUCCUUUCUUCUUCCCAAGCAGGUGAUGCGAAGGAUAAUGAAAUUCAUGAUGAGCCAUCUUUGGAUUCGUUGAAAACAAUCAAGCAUGAAGUGGGGAAGAAUACAUUUGGAAACCAAAGGACAUCAAAAAGGCAGGACAGAAAGCGGUCAAAGAAUUGGAGGAAGAAAUACUCUGCUUCUCCAUGUUCAGAACACCCUCAACUUCCACCAGAUACUGAAAGAGUGAAAAAGUGUCCAGUGUGUGGAAAAAUGUUCAAAGACAAAUCAACACUAAAUAAUCAUCGCAGAACCCACACAGGGGAGAAACCCUAUAAAUGCAUGCAAUGUGGAAAGGGCUUCAGUGUGAGUGGUAACCUUACUAUCCAUCAAAGAACCCACACAGGAGAGAAACCAUUUAAGUGUAUGGAAUGUGGAAAGAGCUUCAGUGUCAGCUGUAACCUUACUAAACAUCAAAGAACCCACACAGGAGAGAAACCGUAUAAAUGUACGGAGUGUGGAAAGUGCUUUAGUGAUAGCGGAAGUCUCACUUCACAUGAAAGGAUCCACAGAGGGGAAAAACCUUAUAAAUGUAUGGAAUGUGGAAAAGGCUUUUGUGUGAGCAAUAGCCUUAUUGCACAUCAAAUAAUCCACACUGGGGAGAAACCAUAUAAAUGUAUGGAGUGUGGAAAGUGCUUCAGCCAAUGUGCAAACCUAAAUACACAUCAGAGGACCCACACAGGUGAGAAACCAUAUAAAUGUAGGGAGUGUGGAAAGUGCUUCACCCAGAGCGUAAAUCUAAAAACACAUGAAAGAACUCACACAGGAGACAAACCAUAUAAAUGCUUACUGUGUGGAAAGUGCUUCCAUGGUAGUGGAAGCCUUACUAAACAUAAAAAAAUGCACACUAUGGAGAAACCAUAUAAAUGCAUGGAAUGUGGAAAAGGCUUCAGUGUGAGUGGUAGCCUUACUCUACAUCAAAGAAUCCACACUGGGGAGAAACCAUAUAAAUGUAUGGAGUGUGGAAAGUGCUUCAGCCAAAGUGCAAACCUUAAAACACAUCAAACAACCCAUACAGGAGAGAAACCUUAUAAAUGUGUGGAGUGUGGAAAGAGCUUCAUUAAUAGUGAAAAGCUUAGUUCACAUCAAAGAACCCACACAGGAGAGAAGCCAUUUAAAUGCAUGGAGUGUGGAAAAUGUUUUAGCCAGAGUGCACACGUUAAUACACAUCAAAGAACUCACACAGGAGAGAAACCAUAUAAAUGCUUAAUGUGUGGGAAAUGCUUCCAUGAUAGUGGAAACCUUACUAAACAUCAGAGAACCCACACAGGGGAGAAACCUUAUAAAUGCAUGAUAUGUGGAAAGAGCUUUAGUGUGAGCAGCACCCUUACUUCACAUCAGAGAACUCACACAGGAGAGAAACCAUAUAAAUGCUUAGUGUGUGGAAAAAGCUUCAGUCAGAGUGGAAGUGUUACUACCCAUCAAAGAACCCACACAAAGAAACAACUAUAUAAAUGCAUGGAGUUUGAACCAAGCUUCAAUCUUGAUUGAAAGCUAUCUUGGCAGCAAAAUAUGUGAGAAUAAUAUAAAUGCCUAAGAAAGCCUUUCCCACCCUGGUUUCCCACAGAAGUUGUAUUCCAACUCUAAUAUGACCCAUGAUCCAUAAAGAUCUUAGUAUGGAUCAAAGGAAAUUGCAUAAGAGAGACUAUAAAUCCCUGGGUAGUGGAAAGAGCACAGCAAAAUGAUUACGAAAUAUUCAAAAAACACAGGGAAGAAAUAAUAAAUGUAUAAAUUAAGAAAGAUUUAGAUAGCGUGGUUUCUCAUUUUAUGCAGGCAGGAGUGAAAUUAUUUAAAUCAUGCACUCUGAGAGCAGACUUGCUACGCAGGAAAGAACCCACACAGGGAGGAAGCCAUAUGAAUGUAUGGUAUAUGAAAUGAGUUUCACAGGGGACAUCAAAGAAUCCACAUAAGGAAGAAACAUCUGGGAUCAACACAUUGUGAAUCAACACAAAUCUUCUUAGACUUCAGAGAACCUACGCAGAUGAGAACCCACUGGCAUGCUUCUGUGACAAAUUCUUUGAUAUUUUAGGAUUUAUUAAGAUUAUGUUUUUCUCUGUUUCCUGCAAAUACAGUAGGUAUUCCUCACUCAUGCUUCUGAGGAUUAUCCCUUCCAUCAGUGUGCCUACACUAGAAUUUGCUCUUUGGAUUACAGUUUUUAUUUGUGCAGUAAGAAAGGUUGUCUAUUGGGAACACACAUUGCAUGGUAAAUGUCUUUGGAAAAUAUAACCCACAUCCAAGGUUAACGGGGUGGAUUAGAAAGAGAGGAUAUGAAUAGUAGGAAAUAAUCAGUUGGUUGUAAAGUUGGACAGUGUAGAUUAGAUUAGAAGAUUUGAGUGGGCAGAUUUGAGAAAGGAAGCAGUGAGACUAAUAAUGCGUUGCAGUAAUUAAUGGGGGAAGGAAAUGUGUGACCAGUCUGUAUUUGAGAGAGGGGACUAAGUGUAUAAAAGCUCCAGUUAUUAGAUAGUGUAGAAGUAGUCAAAAUAUAUAUGGUGGCUGGUUUUCCAUCUUCCCUAGUUUUCUUAUACUUGAUCUAUUUCUUAGGUGCAUUUUUGAGACCCACUGCACACUUUCCAACACUGGUUGAGAUUCACCUAAUCAAUCCCAUCAGCAGAAGUCGUAUGUAAUGGGGGUGGCCCCACCCAAGCCCCCAAAAUUGGCUGAAGCGGCAGUCAGGAGAAACCCCAAAGUAGAGCAUAGGGGGAGGGGGGGUGUUGCAACCAGCUAUCUGGAAUGCUUGUGCAAGUGAAACAUUUGUAAUGGUGCGUCACGGAACUCCAUCCUUUGCAAAUUGCAUUUCCUGUCAAAGUUACUUUAGAGAUUAGAGGUUGUUGGUGAUUUAUAUUUGGUCCAUUUUUAAUGUAGCAGUUGAGAUGUAAUCAAGAAAAUAGGAUCAGUUGCACCUGAAAACUUCACUACUAACGUUUAUGCUUUAAAUACACAAUAAAAGAUUCAAGUGGUGAAUUGUGAAACUUCGAAAGUGUAUUUUUUAAAAAAACAUGAUCAGUGUGGUAAUGAACGGCUAGAGUCUUGAGAAAGUUCAUAAGCUAACCCAAUUUCUCGACACUGGUCUUUCUGAUUUCAGGUUGCCAUCGCUUUAUUCUGUGUAAAUGCUGACCUGUUUGCGUGUGGAAUGCAGAGUGGUAAUGGUGGCAAUUAGCAGCAUAUACCAUUUUGGAAGAUGAGCAGGGGAACAAACCUUUGAUGAUGCCACUGACAUUAGUAGGUGCUGAGUGAUCACAAAGCUACCUUAAUAAAAGAGGUCUAUCCUUUCUGAUAAAGGGACGCGGGUGGCGCUAUGGGUUAAACCACAGAGCCUAGGACUUGCCGAUCAGAAGGUCAGCAGUUCAAAUCCCCGCGACGGGGUGAGCUCCCGUUGUUCGGUCCCUGCUCCUGCUCACCUAGCAGUUUGAAAGCACGUCAAAGUGCUAGUAGAGAAAUAGGUACCACUCUGGCAGGAAGGUAAAUGGCUGAGUCUUGGGACUUCCGGGUUAGCGCCUCUGGCAAUGGCGGAUUUCCUCUGAUCUGGAGGAAUCCGCUCCGUGGAAAUCA